AUGGAGACCGAGGAGGCAGAACUGUGCUUUCCACAUCUCCACAACAGCUCUUGCAGAAAACCUCUGAAGCACACCUCUGAGACUUACAUCACUCUAAUGCUGUAUACUCUCAUGACAAUCGCCAUUAUUCUGCUCAACCUGCUGGUCAUCGUCUCUAUUGCACAUUUCAGGCAGCUCCAUUCUGCUUCUAACUUCAUCCUCCUGUCCCUGGCUGUGUCGGAUUUCUUGGUUGGCCUCGUGGUGUCACCAUUUGUAAACUAUAUUAUGAUCGCUUGUUGGUAUUUCGGGGAAAUUCUUUGUGCUUUCUUUUAUGUUGUAACCUGUAUUGUAUUAUGUGCCUCAGUAGGUACAAUAGUUCUUAUUUCCAUAGACCGUUACAUUGCAAUUAGCGACCCACUGCGCUACUCCACUAAAAUGAAUAGUAAAACAGUUAACAUAAGUAUUUCUAUUUGUUGGAUGAAUGCACUUCUUUACAGUGUUUUUGUUAUGUUUGAGAAUUGGCUCAAUCUCGGGGCAUAUAAAUCCUGCCACGGAGAAUGUGUGAUUUCUUUUUUGAAAGAAGUUGACCUCAUUUGGGCUUUUGUCCUACCAAUUGCAAUCAUUAUCAUCCUGUAUUUCCAAGUUUUUCUUGUAGUGGUGUCCCAGUCCAGAGCCAUGCGUUCUCAUGUUGCAGCUGUAAAUUAUAAAAACACCAAGAAAUCUGAGACUAAAGCGGCCAAGAAUCUGGGCCUUGUUGUGCUAGUCUAUGUUCUCUGUUAUUGUCCCUACUACUGUGUAGCCUACUCAGAUACUUUAGCUAUAGCUUCUCCAGUUCAAACCUUUAUAUUUUUUCUACUCUUUAUCAAUUCAGCCCUAAACCCUCUCAUCUACACCAUGAUCUACCCCUGGUUCAGAAAAUCGAUAAAGCUCAUUGUAACUCUGCAGAUUUUGAGGUCUGGAUCACGAGAUUUUUUGAUUUUAUAG